AUGUCCCCCUGGGCUUGGUGGUGCACCAGGUCAAACAUCCAGAAGACCACCAGGUCCAGCGCCACCACCAGGCAUCCCAUGGCUAUGUGUCUGAGGAUGGACACUGCGCUGAGGGCAGCCGUCCGCCGCUCCCUGGCCGUCAGGUACACUGAGACUAGAGGACAGAGACGGGUGUGGGGGAGGGGAGGUUAGGUGGGUGUUUUCACUGCCAUGACAUGACAUAACACUGACUUUCUCUUUUCACCUUUCUAGACGUUUUAUUUUUAUUUUUGUUCUCUCUCAUUUUCUAAUUUUUCUAUAUCCUUUCACUCCCUACCUUUUCUCUCAACACCCACACUGCUUCCCCCCUACAAUCCAUUUAUCUUUUCUUCUCCUCUUUCCUGUGCAUUCCCUCUCUUCCUGCUCCACUCACAUGGUCUGAUGUAGGUGCGGGCCUCUCUCUGGCUGAGCGGUAGGACAGGGGGUUUUCCCUCUCGAGCCAAUCUCUGGUCCAGCUCCUCAAACUGCUCUGUGAUGUAAGUGUUGUCAAAGUCAUCCUGGUGCAGGUACUUGUGUUUGUACAGGACAGCCCUUUAAAAACACACACACAGUAUAGAGCAGAGUUUCCCAAAAUCGGUGCACGUUUUGUUUUUUUCCCUAGCACUGAGUUUGGGAAACCCUGGUAUAGAGUAUACCGCUCCUUGUCAAACCUUGUUUGCGUGACCCAUGUGAAUGAAUAUAGACUCACUGUAGGUACAUAAGCAGCAGAAGGAAGAGGCCUAUGUAGGCUAGCAGCCCCAUCACUUCCUGGAAACGUCCCAGCUCCACCGACACUUCCUCCAUCAUAUCCUGUGACACCUGCUGCAGCGACUGACUGCUGUUCACAUUCAUGUCAAAGUGCAUAGAGGCCGAUAUGUUGAACUCAAACUCCUUCUUCAUCUUCUCGAAAGCUGCUAUGGUUGCUAGAGGAGAGCAAGGAGACAUGCACUUCAAGAAUGUGCCACUGUGCAUUUGUGACUGUUUAGUGUGGCCAUCAAAAAGGAGUUACAGUAGAAUUAUGGUAUUGAAGAAUGUUCUACCUUUGAAAAGAGAAGUAGUACAAACUAUUAUUUUGUACCUCUGCACUUUACUUACGGGCAGCAAUCUUUGUCUUCAUGUGGCCAACAAUGUAAGAAGGGAUGAUGCAAAACAGCUGACCAACUGAAAUGAGAGGAAUGUAUUGGGAAUUACUGUCCUCAUACCUACAGAUGACAUGACCUAUAGCUAAUUUACGUAACAAAUGCAUCUCUGCAUCACAGGCUCCAUUUAUUGACUCAUAAAAACCAUUGUGAACGGUCAUUAAAAGUAAACGCAAGUGUCAUGUCAGGUUUAUAAAACAGCAUUAUAAAGGAUUUAUGACCCAUAGUUCAAGAAAGUGAAAUGUCACCAUUCACUUUAUGCUGAGAGCAGCAUUCUAGAUCUCCCAAGGGCCAGGAAGUGUGUUUGAUCUUUUCUUUCUCUUUCUUUCUCCUCCUCCUGUCUCUGGCCCUUGGGUCAUGUUUGGAUUAAAAAGUCACCAGUGCCUGGCUGGGUCCUGGCUGGCCCGAGAGCAGCGGCGCAUAUGAAACAAUAAUUAAUUUGAAAAGAAAACAGGGGAGGCAGAUGGAUGGAGGGGGGAGGCAGAGGGACUCACGGCUGCGCUCCUCCUGGGGAAUGUGAGAGGAAACCUGAGAGCGGUGUGGGGCUGCAGGGUUUUAACCAGGCCUUGGCCCCUAAGUUACCCUGGCCUCCUAAGCUAAAGAAUAACACUGAGCACUGCAGAGCUACCAGAGAGGAGGGCUGUGCUGUACCUCCACACUGAUGUCAACCUCACAACAAUGGGUGAUCUAUUUUUCCAUGAGCUAACAUAUUUGUAGUCAGCAAUUUUUCACCAUUACUAUGAAAAUAAAAAUAAAACAGGCUUGGGUGCGAAAAAAGGAAACAUUUUAACUGAGUUUCAAAGAUUUUAAAACACUGACAACCCAGCUAGCACAUGUAUUUCUUUAUUUAACUAGGCAAGUCAGUUAAGAACAAAUUCUUAAUUACAAUGACGGCCUACCCCACCCUAUGGGACUCCCAAUCACAGCAGGAUUGUGAAACAGCCUGGAAUUGAACAAGGGUCUUUAGUGACGCCUCUAGCACUGAGAUGCAGUGCCUUAGACCACUGCGCCACUCGGGAACCCAAUGUUCUGAGAACCAUAGGAAAACUUUCUCAGAACCUCCCUGCAACCUGAAAAUGUACCUUCCCAGAACAGGCUAAAUGUUCACUUCUGUUCUCAGAAGGUUUAGAAAACGUUCAGCGUUAACAGUAAGGAACCUUAUGGCUUUGUUCCCACAACCAAUGGGAAACCAAAAAUGUACGUUCCCAAAACUUCUAAGGAACCAAAUGUGCUAGCUGGGAAUGACUUAAAAACAGAGAACAAACAUCUCAGAUAAAAUAUGUAAUGGUUAGGUGCCCUAACAAAGUUGUACAUCAAAAUGGCUCUUUAAGAGAAAACUUAAGCUAAGACUGCGACAAUGACAAUACAGAUAUGACAAGCUAACUACAACACUACCAUAUAUGUUAUUAUUUAUUAAACAACAGACACCUUCCACAGUGAUUGAUGUCCUUUUCACAUUUCCUUUGUUCUAUUGAUACAGCUGUAUAUGUGCUAAAGCCUCUCAGGUUUCUACUCUUGCGAUUUGAACCUGCUUCUUUGUGGACAAUAAUGUAUCCCUCUGACACUAUGACAAACAGCUACCCUUCCUCUACUACUGACAGCUGAGGUAAGUAAGGGUGAGUGAGGAUAAUGAUUCUACUGUAUGAUGGAACAACAUGUCAACCAACCUCGAGCGAGACCACAGAGGGGGCGGAACCCAUCCACAAUGUGACAAAGGAAGUUGAACACGGACAGGAGCUCCAUGCAGUCAUCACGGGCAUCAUCAAACAGCUUGUUACACUUCUUAUAAGGAGUGCCCAGUUUGUCAUUACACACCUCGCCAAUGCCGACCAGGAAGUGUAACACGUUUCUCAGGGAACGAGCUGUAACAGGGGGCAGAGGGAAUAGAAAUCAAUGGAAGGGUUCAUUUGGAGAGUUAAAUUGUUAGAUACAGUAACUGUACUAACAGUGUCUUCAAAUAAUGACAGCGUUAGAAUAAGCAUGGCCCACAGACGUACCUACAUGGCGGACAGACUCGGUCAGGGCCUUGAUUAAGUUCUGUACCCUCCCAGCCACAGAGUGGACAUUUUUGGUGAUCUCUUUUAUCUUGCCCAGCACAGCUGCAACAAGUGGACAUUAGGAGCUUGUAAGGGUGUGUGACAUUGCAGAACACUUAGAUAGAUUGUGUAGAAAUUGUAUUGUAAAAUGAGUCAUCUGCCAUAUUGUCUCCACCUGCCAUGUCCUUCCAGAUCAGUGACCAUUGAGAAAAAAAAGCUAGCGUGAACUAUUUGAGACUUCAUGUAUAAUGAGUGUAACUACAGCUGUGUUGUGUGAUUUUAUGGAACAGCUGGACUCACAGAGAAGAGGUGUAGCCGCAAGCUCCAUCAGCUGCUGGGUCUGGUUCAUGGCCAGUUCGGCCCCACACACCACGCUGUCCGCUGCACGGUCAAAGUUCUCCAGGGUGUUGGUGAUGGGGCCCUGGACCAACAUGGAGAUGAUGAGGAACAAGAGGAAGUUCUUGCCCUUCACUGUGAGGAAAUUCAUAAAAAGUUGCAUUAGUGAUACCCAGAACAAGUUGGCCUACUGGCUAAUGCAUUGUAGGCCAUUCCUUCCACCCAAGGGCGUUUCUCUGAUUUUUUUCUGGGGUGGCCUAGGGGGGGACCAAGAACCAAUCAUGAUGGCUGGCCAUGGGAAAUCAGCAAACUGUAUCACAAAUAGCAUUGAAUAACUGUUUAAACUGUUAAUUUGUAUAUGCCCUAAUUUAUUCAAAUUAAUUAAAUUGAAGUGAUCCCUAUGAAUCCAUAUUCAAGUUAUUGAGGACCUACACUGAUCUCAAAAACGACCUCUCAGAAUCCAUAUGAUGGAAAGCCGUCGCAGUGAUGGAGAACUUUAACCCCUGAAUGAAGGUCUAGUCGGGUUCUUUUGGCUAAGCAAAAACAAGCAAAAAUGACUCCAGCCAUUAUCACCUUGGCUGCUGUAGCUUUAGUCACCCAUAGCCUACAGCAAUUAGCUGCUACACACAAGCUCAGCACCGGGAUUAAAAACUAUAGUUUAUUUUCCUGUCAAGUCAAACAGCAGUUACCUAGACAUCUUCCACCUCUGCACUGCUUUUGACAACUCAGAGGCGGACCGGUACCAUUUUUUUCCUCGAGGCCCCGACACCGGACAUUUUUUUUCCCUUGAGGCUCUCAUUAUAAGCCAGAUCAUGAUCAUUUUGCACACAAAAAAAAAACAAGUUAGACAGACCCACUAGACAGAAAAUUGACCAGCCCUUCUGGCAUCUCAAAAUGGACUGUCCUAAAGAGAUUGAGCCAGUGGGUGAGCUACUAGGAAACGUGGAGGCGUCACCAGCUGCUCACGACUCCUCUAAGAAAGAUAGCCUACGUAGUGUUUUAUUUUUAGUAAAUGUUUCUUUUCAAACCGGGGAAGAUGUAAACAGGUUGGAGGUGCCUGUGCCUCUAUGUUCUUCUUCUGUGGGGUUUUCUGGCGGACUACAACCAAACAAAGGUUCAUUCCCGGUGUGGUAAUACUCAUAAUUUGUAGCCAAAGAUGGUUUGUUUACAUAGCAGGUUAGGAUAACUAACGUGGCAGGUUAGGUGAAUUAGAGUGGUAGGUUAGGAGAACUAAUGCAGCAGGUUAGGUGAAUUAACGUAACAAGUUAGGAUGAGGUUAAGGUUAGGAAAAGGAUGAGGGUUAGCUACAAUGCUAGUUGUCAACAAUUGUUGUCCCCGACGCAACCACUAGAUGGAGGUGUAGGCCUACUCCAUCUAGCCACAAUGGAAGAAAUGUAAACAAACAAUCUGUGGAAGACAAAUCAUCAGUAGCAUAACACCACGGUAACCAUGUGAUUUUAGAACUGUGAACUUAUUGGUCCAUUUGAAUUAAUUGUUUGUGUGCUCUAAUUGGUUGCAGGUAGGCUAUGACGAGUACACACCUCCACCUGUUUCAUACAAAAAGGUGGUCUUUCCCUUCUCAUACAAAUUCCUACACCAUCAUGGGAAACAAUAUAUCCAGUUUGCAGCAAUCCCGGUUAUGUUUAGACAGGCAGCUCAAUUCUGAUAUUUUUCCCCUCUAAUUGGUAUUUUGAGAAAUCACAUCAGAUUUUUUCACAGCAGAUCUGAUUAGUCAAAACACCAAUUAGUGGAAAAAAAAUAUCCGAAUUGGGCUACCUGUCUAAAUGUUGCCAAAGUGUUGAUUUGAAUGGGUAAAUGGGUGCAUUUCAACGCACAUAUGCAUUUUUUGGGGGGUAUAGUUAAAACAAUAAUCUUAAUCUGGUGUAGACUACUCACUUGAACACAGCAUUGGCAUCAUGAGCAUUACAUUCGCUCGCACGCGGAUGGAGAGGCCCAUGCCAAAUGCUGUGAGGAAAGCUAUGGCGAUCGUGGUAUACACGCAGUACCACAGUCCUUGGUUCUGUACGAACAGUGCAGUCAUUCCGUACACAGAGGCAAGGAAUAGGCCAAACAAAAACCCGCCCAAACUCCGCACAAGCCCACGCAGACGAGGAUCACGGAAAGGUUUGGUCUUGCUUCGUGGACGACGCCUUGGGAAUCUGGGAACCCUGUCAAAAAGGUUAGAUAUUUAGGCUAAACUCACCAAUGACCACAUGAUAUAGAAGGCCUAUGCAUUUCAAUAAUGUCAAUUUGUACAAUAUAUUUCCUUACCGCUUGAGGACCCCCCUCAAAAACUCCAUGGCUGCUUGGCCACUUUGCACGAACCUUUGAAGACCAUGUAUGCUAUGCUAUCACCAUAGACAUACGAUUUGUUUUCUUAUUUCUAAGUCUGUCACAAGGGAAUUGUCAUUGUUAUUGUAGCAGGCCUCCACAGAAUUAAGUUUCAUUAUGAGGUCACCAAGAUGGAGUUUUUCCCUCUUCCAGAUUGUAAAAAACGAGUGGAUACAAAAUUACAAAACCAGCUAAUUAUUUAAUGGCAGUGACGAUGGUUAAAUUGUGUGAGCUAAGAAUAAAAAAAGCACCACAUUCCAGUUAGUAGAUUCCAGAUAAUGAGUUGGUGUUUGUGCCACUGAGGAUCAAUUUGAUACACAUAGACAACUUCAAUGUACUUACCGUUUGUGUAGUGUAUGUUUUGUCACAGCCUUGGAGAGGUUCAGUAGGUGGGUUCUGCCAGAUUUUGCCCACCGGUUCCUCUUUAGUCAGUCACAGGAGUUCCCAGUUGCUCGUUUCUUCCUGGGAGCAUUAUUUGGUGCUGUCAGCAGUGCAGGGAGGGUUGACAGAUUUCACAAUGUUUCAGUUUAUAAUUUGGCCAAUUCAUUGUAUUAAAACGUGUCUUGUUAAUUCUCCCCUCCAGGUUUAUUUGUGGGGCUCUUCCACAAUGUCUCAAUGACCACUGUAAACAGGUUCUUAGCAGGAUAUGCUUUUGUUGGUGAGUAGAUUGUGGUACUGCAAUUGAACGCUGUUUGGAGUCAAUUGGUAAAGUAAAAAAUUGGAAACACAUUAGUCAUGCUCUAUGUAUGUGUUUUUCAGCUGUAUCUAUUCUGGGUGGGGCGUUUUCCUCCUACUUUCGCUGCUCGGUCCUCCUGAUCUUUCCCAGCAUGCUCGGCUCCCGUGGCAGGGCGUACCUCAUGCUAUUUGUCCUCUAUGGCCUGUAUAGGGGUAAACUGGAAAUAGUUCUUGAAAAAAUGUAUUGCCUUGCUACUUGCCGAAUGGGUUGCUAGCAGUAUGGCUUUGCUGUGGUGCAAACCUGCAAUCCUCUGAUCACCGUUUGUGUGUGUGUUCUCUUAUCCUGUCAGGCCCAAUCGCCAACAUCCACCGUAAUGUCCAGGAUGUGGCCUUCUCUAUGGGCUGCAACAUUGAGCUCCAGAUCAAACACAGCAAGGUCAUGUGGAGGGUGGUGAUGGAGCCCUUCAUGCAGGUGGUGCAGGGUAUUGUGGUAAGUGGCACAUUAUCAUGGUCAGUGGAUCACUAUUGGCAGAAUAGCAUUAGUGGAAACCAAGACUGUUCUCAGGGCAGGCCUGAUUUUAGCGAGAUUUGUUCGAGAUGUGAAUUCUGGCUAACCCUUUUCCUAACCUAAUUAUCCUAACCUACCACGUUAAUUAUCCUAACCUGCUGCGUAAGUUCUCGAAACCUGCUACGAAAAGUCACUUCUGCUAGUCAAAACCGGAAGACCUGCGCUGAGAGCAGUCUGAGUUCCACUAAUGCAAUACAGUUCACUAUUGUAUUAGUUCAAUAGGUUUGUUUCACAUUAUCGACUGAUAUUUCAAGGAUAUGCCCCAACGUUUCCUUCAUGUUAUUAUUGGGUCAGGAGGCUAAGAGUGUGAGCAGGAAGUUUCAUAGCAUCAGGGAUGAGAUCAUGGGGCAGUUUGGCUAUGACUCCAUGAAACAGGGCCCUGUUGCUGCCGGCAACAGCACCCAGGAUUUGUAUGCAGCAAAGACGAUGAUGCGAUGUGACUGUGAGUGUUGGUUUGCGUAAAUAAAAACCUAUUCAGCAGAUUGAAGUUGGUUGUUAUUGGUCGAUAAUUCGUUGUGAAUGUACUGACAUUACUCACCGUCUGUUUUUCUGCAUUGUGGAACAGAUGUGGUGGAGCAGGGGAUAGAGCGCUGUCGGGAGUGGUUUGAGGUCAAGUGGCAGGACUGCAUGGAUGCCAUCAAGGCCCCAGUCAUCAACCACAUCCUGUGUGUGUCCAUGAGAUUCCACUUCCUCUGUGACAUCAUGAGAGGUAGGGGUUCAACUUCAUUGGUAGCCCAGGUGUUUUAGUUACGUGGGAUGAUAUACUUUUCUGAAUACAGUGAUGUUUGCUUGGUUGCUUUUCCUGUCAGUCAUGAAGCCCUGGUGCAGGGAGGAGAUCCCAGUGGAAGGGAACUUUGGGCAAACUUUCGACAAGCUCAACUUCUCCAUUGACGCACUGUCCAGAGAAUUCAGCACUAACGUAGAGCUCCAGGUACAGCCCAACUCCUCUGUCUGAUCUCACUAAAACCAAGACAGUUAAAUAAUGAAAGAAAUACAAGACUGCAGUUUACACAUAAUUAGGUCAUUUGGAGGUUUUCUCAACUCAAAAUACAUGUAUAAUGCCUUACUCUUUUGAAGAUACACCUUGCACAAUACUUUAAUUAGAUGUUAUGUACAGUUCCUGAGCUCCACCUUUCCGUCUCCUGUGUGUGUGUGUGUGUGUGUAGGAGGAGGAGCAGCAGUCUGUGUUUGGUGUCUCAGCCCUACAGGAGGAUUUCACAGAGGGUCUGAGUAAAGCCUUCGAGGAGACCAAGGUCAUCCUGGACCAGUUUCUGGGCCUCAUCCAGCUCCCUCCUGUACCUUCUUCACCUCGUGAGCCUACUCAACCACACAGCAACUAGAUAUGAUGGAAUGACGUGUAUUUAUGCUAUCUAAUGUAGGGGAGUGUCAGAUGUUCUAUUUUAGUUCUUCAAAGUGGCAGUGUCAUUUUUGGGGGGGUUUUGCCACCUGAUUUAAAAGUAUGUCGAUGAUUGGCCAGAGUCCAUACUUCUAGUUUCCCAGGUCUGAAUCAGUCAAGGUUGAAAGCCAGCCUACUGCAGCCCUUGAGGACUAAAGUCAUGCACCCCUGCAUUAGACUCACUGCAGUACCAUGAUGUAGUUUAUUUCUAUAAAGUGUUUAUACAGUAUCUAAUGUAAUCAGCACUUGUGUGCCUCUCUUCGCUCUCUGUCUUCCUGUGAAGAGCGUUUGGAUAUGCGAAGCAGUAUACCCAAGACAUUCGAUUUGACAACAUCUACAUCACCACCUACUUCAGACAGAUUGAUGCCAGGAGAAGGAGAUAAGUAUGUAUACAUGUGCUUAUACUGUAUACCGUAUGUACACUCCCCUACGUAUUUAUUUGGACAGUGAAGCUGAAAUGUUUAAUUUGGCUCUAUACUCCAGCAUUUUGGAUUUGAGAUCAAAUGUUUUAUGAGGCGACAGUACAGAAUGUGACCUUUUUAUUUGAGGGUAUUUUCAUACAUAUCUGCUUUACUGUUUAGAAAUUAAUGCACUAUAUACAUCUAGUCCCCCCCAUUUGAAGGUGUCAUAGGUCCCAUAUUCCUAGCACACAAUGACUACAUCAAACUUGUUGGAUGUAUUUGCAGUUUGUUUCAGAUUAUGUUGUGCCCAAUAGAAGCAAUGGUAAAUAAUGUAUUGUGUAAUUUUGGAGUCACUGUUAUUGUAAAUAAGUCAGUAAGAAUUCCGGCUCUCACAGACCUGUUAGUUUUUCUUUAAGAAGCCCUCCUGUUCUCCACACAUUACCUGUAUUAACUGCACCUGUUUGAACUCGUUACCUGUAUAAAAGACACCUGUCCACACACUCAAUCAAACAAACUCCAACCUCUCCACAAUGGCCAAGACCAGAGAACUGUGUAAGGACAUCAGGGAUAAAAUUGUAGACCUGCACAAGGCUGGGAUGGGCUACAGGACAAUAGGCAACCAGCUUGGUGAGAAGGCAACAACUGUUGGCGCAAUUAUUAGAAAAUGGAAGAAGUUCAAGAUGACGGUCAAUCACCCUCGGUCUGGGGCUCCAUGCAAGAUCUCACCUCGUGGGGCAUCAAUGAUCAUGAGGAAGGUGAGGGAUCAGCCCAGAACUACACGGCAGGACCUGGUCAAUGACCUGAAGAGAGCUGGGACCACAGUCUCAAAGAAAACCAUUAGUAACACACUACGCUGUCAUGGAUUAAAAUCCUGCAGCGCACGCAAGGUCCCCCUGCUCAAGGCAGCGCAUGUCCAGGCCUGUCUGAAGUUUGCCAAUGACCAUCUGGAUGAUCCAGAGGAGGAAUGGGAGAAGGUAAUGUGGUCUGAUGAGACAAAAAUAGAGCUUUUUGGUCUAAACUCCACUUGCCGUGUUUGGAGGAAGAAGAAGGAUGAGUACAACCCCAAGAACACCAUCCCAACCGUGAAGCAUGGAGGUGGAAACAUCAUUCUUUGGGCAUGCUUUUCUGCAAAGGGGACAGGACGACUGCACCGUAUUGAGGGGAGGAUGGAUGGGGCCAUGUAUCGUGAGAUCUUGGCCAACAACCUCCUUCCCUCAGUAAGAGCAUUGAAGAUGGGUCGUGGCUGGGUCUUUCAGCAUGACAACGACCCAAAACACACAGCCAGGGCAACUAAGGAGUGGCUCCGUAAGAAGCAUCUCAAGGUCCUGGAGUAGCCUAGCCAGUCUCCAGACCUGAACCCAAUAGAAAAUCUUUGGAGGGAGCUGAAAGUCUGUAUUGCCCAGCAACAGCCCCGAAACCUGAAGGAUCUGGAGAAGGUCUGUAUGGAGGAGUGGGCCAAAAUCCCUGAUAAUAUGUUUCUAAACAAUUCUAUAUUAAUGUGGAUGCUACCAUGAUUACGGGUAAUCAUGAAUAAAUUGUGAAUAAUGACUAGUGAAUAAGACGCACAAAGAUCAUGCCCCCAAAACAUGCAAACCUCUUACCAUUGCUAAUAAUGGGGAGGCUAGCAUUUUUUGGUGGGGUAUGAUAUUUAUAUCUUUAACUUUCUCACUCAUUAUUCACGAUUCAUUCAGGAUUAUCCGUAAUCAUGGUAGCAUAAUGAAGAAGUGUUCAGAAACAUAUUCUAUUCUUAUUUACAAUAAAAGUGACACAAUACAUUAUUUACCAUUCAUUUCUAUUGGGCACAACAUAAUCUGAAACACAACCAAAACAAACUUCAAAUGCAUCCAACAAGUUUGCAGUCACAAGCUUGAUGUAGUUAUCACAUGGAAUAUGGGACUAAAUACUAAACUUUUGACUAAAUGUAAUACACUAUGUGAAUUUGUCCAAUCACUUAUACCUUCAAAUGGGGGACUAGAUACAUAACGUGCUUUCAUUUCUAAAAUAGAUAUGUAUGAAAACACCCUCAAAUAAAAGGUGACAUUCUGUACUGUCGCCUCAUAUAUAAAACAUUUGAUCUCAAAUCCAAAAUGCUGGAGUAUAGAGCCAAAUUAAACGUCUUAGCUUCACUGUCCAAAUAAAUACGUAGGUAAGUGUAUAAUGUUUGGAAGCUGAUAUGUACGUUUGACAUUUCAGGACAAACGUUAUCUGUUACCUUUGAAGAAAGCUGAGCGGGGCCUUUUCAUCAACCCUCGGAGCCUGUACAUGCAUCCCAGUGAGCUUAAACAAGUGGUGCGUUGCUCCUCUCUCCUGAGUGGAUUUCAAUCCAAUUCUUUGCUCCAAUGACGUGUUCAUUACUAUCUGUCCUUAGGGUUGUGUAGACUGAAGAACAAUCUUUCCAAGUCUAAUCCCAGAUCUGUGUCAUUGGGCCACAGAUGGCGGGCCUGCUGCAGGUAGUCUCUCUGGCUGUGUUUGUCUGUGUGCUACUGGCUGUCGAUAUGGUGCUCUACCGCAUCUUUGACAUCAUCCGCAGACACACUUUCACAGAGUUCUCCCUCACCAGUGAGUCACACACUCUUUCUCCUGUACCAUAUCAUUGUCACGGUGUGGUUGUGUUAACUCAUGCCACUAUGUUCCACAGGUAGCCACCACAUAGACAUCAAGGUGGGAGGACAGUCCAUGAUGGCCAAGCUGCUGAGGAAGACCAUUGGUGCCUUCAACACCUCCUCCAACCUGGAUAUGCAGUCUAGUAACCAGCGUAUGUGGCCUCUCUGCUGUUGUGUCUCACUGCUCAAUGUGCCAAAGACUGAUGUGCCAGACGUGUGUGUUGUGGCUAGCUAAUGUUACCUGUAUCUGUCUGGCUACAACACUAAUAUGCUCAGGUCUAGUAGUGUACAGCCUUGUCUUGGCUAGAUAGUUUAGACAGUGUUGUAAGGAGGCAUUGAACACACAUACUGUAGCGUCACAUGUCUGCUCCAUGUGCAGGAUGACAACUAGGAGUUAUCCAUGCACUAUAAAAUGGGCAUUCUCAUAGUAUGUGCUAAUAAUGUUCAGGAUUAAGUGGGACCACAGAUUAGUCAAAUCAUGGCGACAGUUACAAGAUCAACAACAAUCCCCCUCUCUUUUUAUUCUCUCUGACUGUCUGCCCCAGCCGAGGGCCCUCACCACAGAGGACUACCUGUGGAGUUUUGUGCCCCUUAUGAUGAUGGCUCUGAUGUGCUGCCUGCAGGUGUAUAGCAACCGCCUGCGCAGGGUCAUCGCUGCCUUCUACUUCCCCAAGGUGAGGCCACACAUACACCCUCUCAACCACACCUACCAUCCUCUUGGUUGAAUGAAACCUCUGCAUACUGUAAAUCGGAUGUAUGACACAAUGUAUAACGUAUUCACGGCACAUUCGGCAUGCCUACAUGUAUGUAAUCCGUAGUAUUUGUGUUAAUUAUAGUUCUCACAUUAACACCUUGUCCCAGUCAUACAUGUAGAGCUGAAAUCCUCUGAAGGUAAUCUCAGCUCUUAAAUCUUCUAAAGGUAAUCUUAGCUCUUAAAUCUUCUAAAGGUAAUCUCAGCUCUUAAAUCUGAUAAUUGAACGUUAUCUUGAUAAGAGCCUACACUACAGUGUAUGUUUGUCUCAAGUUGCUGAUAAAUUGGAUGGUUUCUCUGAAGUUUCAACUGUCAAUAGGUAAAAAGAAAGGUGUGUGUGUGUAUGUAUGUAUGUAUGUAUAUAUAUAUAUAUAUAAUAUAAACGCGACAUGGAACAAUUUCAAAGAUUUUACUGAGUUACAGUUCAUAUAAGGAAAUCAGUCAAUAUAAAUAAAGUAGGCCCUAAUCUAUGGAUUUCACAUGACUGGGCAAGGGUACAGACAUGGGUGGGCCUGGGAGGGCAUAGCCAGGCCGAGCCAAUCAGAAUGAGUUUUUCUCCACAAAAUGGCUUUUAUUACAGACAGAAAUACUCGUCAGCACCCCCUCAGACGAUCCUGCAGGUGAAGAAGCUGGAUGUGGAAGUCAUGGGCUGGCGUGGUGACAUGUGGUCUGCAGUUGUGAGGCUGGUUGGACGUACUGCCAAAUUCUCUAAAACGACAUUGGAGAAAUGAACAUGCAACAGCUCUGGUGGACAUUCCUGCAGUCAGCAUUUCAAUUGUACGCUCCUUCAUCUUGAGACAUCUGUGGCAUUGUGUUGUGGCACAACUUCACAUUUUAGUGGCCUUUUAUUGUCCCCAACACAAGGUGCACCUUAAUGAUCAUGCUGUUUAAUCAGCUUCUUGAUAUUUACAUUUUAGUCAUUUAGCAGACACUCUUAUCCAGAGCGACUUACAGUUAUAUAUGCCACACCUUUCAGGUGGAUGGAUUAUCUUGGCAAAUGAGAAAUGCUCACUAACAGGAAUUAGUCUCCUGAGUGGCACAGUGGUCUAAUGCACUGCAUCGCAGUGCUAACUGUGCCACUAGAGAUCCUGGUUCGAAUCCAGGCUCUGUCGCAGCCGGCCGCGACCGGGAGACUCAUGGGCGGCGCACAAUUGGCCCAGCGUCGUCCAGGGUAGGGGAGGGAAUGGCCGGCAGGGAUGUAGCUCAGUUGAUAGAGCAUGGCGUUUGCAACGCCAGGGUUGUGGGUUUGAUUCCCACGGGGGGCCAGUAUAAAAAAAUAUGUAUUCACUAACUGUAAGUCGCUCUGGAUAAGAGCGUCUGCUAAAUGUCUAAAAUGUAAAUGUAAACAUAUUUGUGCUCAAUUUGAGAGAAAUCAGCUAUUUGUGUGUAUGGAACAUUUCGGGGAUCUUUUAUUUCAGCUCAUGAAACAUGGGACCAACACUUGACAUGUUGCGUUUUUUAUAUUUUUGUUCAAUAUAGUAAUAAAGGUCAUAAUAUAAUGUAUACAAUGUAUCAAGCCUGGUGAAGACACCCACCGUGAGCAGAACAUCAGUAGUAGCUACAUUAAAACUCUGGGAGCCUCUACACAGCAUGCACAUAUUCAUGUUGGCAUUGGGUCCAGCCUAUGUAACGUUUUUAAAUAGGCAGACUAACAUUUAUUAUUCCUCUCCUUUUUUCAUCCCUGGUGAAUUUGGCACAGGAAGGUUUGUACAAACUGUAGGGUCCUGUUGGUCGACCUACAUCCAAAUAAACAAAGAAUACAAUGUCCCUACAAAGUAGAAGCACUCCUUAUACUGUUAGUAUUUACAGUCGAUCUGGAUAUCACAAAGAGUGGAUUUCCCCAGAGUUCUUAUAGGUGGGAAACGGAUAUCUCCUAGGAAAUUGGAGCAGCUACUGGGUCGACUGAGUAUAAAUGGGAAUAAAACAAAUCAUUGUUCAGGAGAAAGCUUUGCCUUCAUUUACAUCAUGCUCUAUUUGUGUGAAAUUCAACAGCUAAGCGGAGCUACCUCAUUAAGGUCAGUUGUGUGCAUUCUUGUUUUUCUUCUAAUUUCCCUUAAUUGUUCCAAAUGAAGCAGUGGGGGGUUUAAUGAAAUGAACACCAAAAUCAAGUCCAGGAAUCUCUAGGCUAAUAAGAUGCACGUUCUCCAUAAACAUGUACAUAUGCAUAUAGGAACGUGACUAAAGGAAGAAACCUUGCCUAAUCCAGACGUAAUACAUGCAAACUUGUGCACCAUUGCUGGUUGAGGUAUAUUUCAAUGUAUUCAAUAGGCUUUAGCACAAUGUGUACAAUCCUGUAAGAAAUGCACUGGCUCGUGUGUCGAGUAAAGCAGUGUUUAGCUGAGAGCAGCUUACUGUAAUAGCAUUAGACACUACGUAUUCUGGUCAUACUGAAGCCCUACCUACAGUACUGCACAGAUAGGGGCAAAGGGGCGAGAAAUGAUGGUAUAAUGUUUAUUUUAUUUAUUUAUUUAUUUCACCUUUAUUUAACCAGGUAAGCCAGUUGAGAACAAGUUCUCAUUUACAACUGCGACCUGGCCAAGAUAAAGCAAAGUAGUGCGGUAAAAACAACAAUAACACAGAGUUACAUAUGGGGUAAAAAAAACAUAAAGUAAAAAAAAAAUAAAACAGAAAAUAUAUAUACAGUGUGUGCAAAUGUAGCAAGUUAUGGAGGUAAGGCAAUGAAUAGGCCAUAGUGCAAAAUAAUUACAAUUAGUAUUAACACUGGAAUGCUAGAUGUGCAAGAGAUUAUGUGCAAAUAGAGAUACUGGGGUGCAAAAGAGCAAAAUAAAUAACAAUAUAGGGAUGAGGUAGUUGGGUGGGCUAAUUUCAGAUGGGCUGUGUACAGGUGCUCUGACAACUGAUGCUUAAAGUUAGUGAGGGAGAUAAGAGUCUCCAGCUUCAGAGAUUUUUGCAAUUCGUUCCAGUCAUUGGCAGCAGAGAACUGGAAGGAAUGGCGGCCAAAGGAGGUGUUGGCUUUGGGGAUGACCAGUGAGAUAUACCUGCUGGAGCGCAGACUACGGGUGGGUGCUGCUAUGGUGACCAUUGAGCUAAGAUAAGGCGGGGAUUUGCCUAGCAGUGAUUUAUAGAUGGCCUGGAGCCAGUGGGUUUGACGACGAACAUGUAGUGAGGACCAGCCAACAAGAGCGUACAGGUCACAGUGGUGGGUAGUGUAUGGGACUUUGGAGACAAAACGGAUGGCACUGUGAUAGACUACAUCCAAUUUGCUGAGUAGAGUGUUGGAGGCUAUUUUGUAAAUGACAUCGCCGAAGUCAAGGAUCGGUAGGAUAGUCAGUUUUACGAGGGAAUGUUUGGCAGCAUGAGUGAAGGAGGCUUUGUUGCGAAAUAGGAAACCGAUUCUAGAUUUAACUUUGGAUUGGAGAUUCUUAAUGUGAGUCUGGAAGGAGAGUUUACAGUCUAACCAGACACCUAGGUAUUUGUAGUUGUCCACAUACUCUAGGUCAGACCCGUCGAGAGUAGUGAUUCUAGUCGGGUGGGCGGGUGCCAGCAGUGUUCGAUUGAAGAGCAUGCAUUUAGUUUUACUAGUGUUUAAGAGCAAUUGGAGGCUACUGAAGGAGUGUUGUAUGGCAUUGAAGCUCGUUUGGAGGUUUGUUAACACAGUGUCCAAUGAAGGGCCAGAUGUAUACAAAAUGGUGUAUGCGUAGAGGUGGAUCUGAGAGUCACCAGCAGCAAGAGUGACAUCAUUGAUAUACACGGAGAAAAGAGUCGGCCCAAGAAUUGAACCCUGUGGCAACCCCAUAGAGACUGCCAUAGGUCCAGACAACAGGCCCUCCGAUUUGACACAUUGAACUCUAUCUGAGAAGUAGUUGGUGAACCAGGCGAGGCAGUCAUUAGAGAAACCAAGGCUAUUUAGUCUGCCAAUAAGAAUGCGGUGGUUGACAGAGUCGAAAGCCUUGGUCAGGUCGAUGAAGACUGCUGCACAGUACUGUCUUAUCGAUCGCGGUUAUAAUAUCGUUUAGGACCUUGAGCGUGGCUGAAGUGCACCCAUGACCAGCUCGGAAACCGGAUUGCAUAGCGGAGAAGGUACGGUGGGAUUCGAAAUGGUCGGUGAUCUGUUUGUUAACUUGGCUUUCAAAUACUUUCGAAAGGCAGGGCAGGAUGGAUAUAGGUCUGUAACAGUUUGGAUCUAGAGUGUCACCCCCUUUGAAGAGGGGGAUGACCGCGGCAGCUUUCCAAUCUCUGGGGAUUUACGAAAGAGAGGUUGAACAGGCUAGUAAUAGGGGUUGCGACAAUUUCGGCGGCUAGUUUUAGAAAGAAAGGGUCCAGAUUGUCUAGCCCAGCUGAUUUGUAGGGGUCCAGAUUUUGCAGCUCUUUUAGAACAUCAGCUGUCUGAAUUUGUGUGAAGGAGAAGCGGGGGGGUGGGGGGGGGCGCAUGGGCAAGUUGCAGCGGAGGGUGCAGAGUUGGUGGCCGGGGUAGUGGUAGCCAGGUGGAAAGCAUGGCCAGCCGUAGCAAAAUGCUUGUUGAAAUUCUCGAUUAUUGUAGAUUUAUCGGUGGUGAUAGUGUUUCCUAGCCUCAGUGCAGUGGGCAGCUGGGAGGAAGUGCUCUUAUUCUCCAUGGACUUUAGUGUCCCAAAACUUUUUGGAGUUAGUGCUACAGGAUGCAAAUUUCUGUUUGAAAAAGUUAGCCUUUGCUUUCCUGACUGCUUGUGUAUAUUGGUUCCUAACUUCCCUGAAAAGUUGCAUAUCGCGGGGGCUAUUUGAUGCUAAUGCAGUACGCCACAGGAUGUUUUUGUGCUGGUCAAGGGCAGUCAAGUCUGAGGAGAACCAGGGGCUAUAUCUGUUCUUAGUUCUGUCUUUUUUGAAUGGGGCAUGUUUAUUUAAGAUUGAGAGGAAAUUACUUUUAAAGAACAACCAGGCAUCCUCUACUGACUGAAUUAGAUCUAUAUCCAUCCAGUAUACCUGGGUAUAUGCAGAGAAACUAAGAAUUAAAGGCAAGAGAUUAACAGAGGGGAAAGUGGGAUACAGACAUUUUUCAUGCUGGCAUUUCCACCACAGGGAUAGCGUUUCAAAGGUAUUUUGAGCAUUUCAAAUUCUGGCCCGGGUUGAAAAAUGCAUGUGUGAAAUCUGGCCCAUGAGGUCCGAUACACUUCUGGUUUUCAUUCUUCUCUAAUCAGGGACUGGUUUAGACCUGGGACACCAGAUGAGGUGAGUGCAAUGAUAGAUGAAGUAGGAACAAAAACCAGAGGUGUUUCGCUAUUCCAGGAUCGUAAUUGAAUAGCCCUGCUGCCUGGGUUGACUAAGGGUUGAAAAUGCCAGUGUGAAAGACCUAUAGAGAAACUACAGCGAGGGGAGAGACUGGUGUAGUAGAUAGUGAAGGAUUGCCAUCUGUGUGUUUCACUUAGCACUAAAUCAGCUGAAGUGUCAUUACUGUUAUUAGUCCUCCCCUUAUGCUCUCUGAAGGGGAUUAGUUUCACAAAUCACGCAAAAUUAAGCUGCUGCACAUUCAGCAUGUGGGAGAGAAGUGCAACAUGGUGAAAGUGUGCAGCGCACAGACUCUAAUCCAACUGGCCUCGGGAGUUCAGCGCUCCAGAAUCAUCCUCAUGAUGGACAGUAUUGAGUAUUCAUACAGCAGUGGUGACGUCUAGUACCCAUGGUCAGGGUGAUUCAAAUAUCUCACUCAACAGAGAAAAUAGUCUGUUUUUUAUCUUUUCAUGUCUUGUCUCGACUUUUCUAUGUCUUGCUGGUCUGUGGCCAUACUGUUCUACACACUAUAUUAACCCUUUGCCCAUUGUCAUUUAUCUGACUGCCCCAUUUCUCUCCGUGUGUCCACCCUUUGCUGUGGCUGCCUGUCUGUUAGCGGGAGAAGAGGCGUGCUCUGUUCCUUUAUAACCUGCAAAUUCAGAGGCGCAUCUCAUACACCAAAAGGCAACGCACACGACUCAUGCAGCUAGGAAUAGGAGAGAAAACGGUGCGUACUCUGUGUAUUUAACUACUCUCUCAUUAAAGAGUUUAAAUAUCUUUAUUUUCCUAAAGGCCUUUGAACCCUUCUAUUUCCUAAUUUAGUUGAUGGGAUGGCUCUUGGAUGAACUCUGAGAACUCAUGACAGUGCCUUUAAUUUUGAAGUCAAAUGGGCUCACUCUUUUCCGGGAAUGAUCUCCAAGACAAAUCUAAACAAACACAGACAAACUCUUUGGGACGCAGCCGCCUCCCACUCUCCUUUCUGGGCCCUUCCCUCUCCAUCCGGUCUUGCACGCUUUCGUAUUUUCUUCUGUUCUGUCUUCACUAAUGCUUUUCAAUCCAUGGCCUGUGGCCCCCAAUAAUCUAAUUAGGGCAAAUAUGUUCCUUUCACUGAAUUGUACUGUUAUUUAACACUGCCCCUUCUACCUACUGUACUACCUCUCUAUUCCUCCCACUUUUCUACCCUUCACCUCCACUCUCUCCCGCUCAGGUGUUGUCUGGUGUGUUGUCCAGACUGGAGAGGCUGGGCUGCAGGCUGCGGUGGUGCUGUGUGUGUGUGGGGAGAGGCAGAGGGGUGACCGGGCCGUGGAGUGCACAGUCCCAGGCGGCUUACUGUCCCCAGUGCUGGAGGGACCUGGGCAGGACCUGUUACACCUGUGUCCCCACUAGUAACUGGGAACCAGAGGAGAGCUGUUCAGACACAGACAUGUACUAUGUCCAUUAG